AUGGAGGAAAUGCAAAAUUCCAGUGCUGAUGAAGGCAUUCUAUUUUCGAAAAUUGGUAGGGCUCGCAGUCCGUCCUUUAACGCCUUCGUGGCCCUUGUCCAGAAUGCAGAAAUUUCUGACCGAUGUCCCUCCCCCACUGUCCAUGUUGCAUACCCAGAAGGAAUGGCCGACGGGUUGGCUGACUCCUCUGAGGAAGACGAGAUUGAGGAUGAUAGCGGAGAGGAAGCAGAAGUUGUUCCGAAAAUUCAAUCGCUUAAGGGCAAAAGGGUCAUCCCAACUCGUGUCGAACCGAUAAAUGUGGCAAGGGUUGGAGGUUCUACGCAUGAUGAAGUUCUUCUAAAGUUUGCAAAACUAGAUUUCAAUAUGCUCCAGAAAUGGUAUCAGAAAGAAGUUGGUAGUGCCAUCAAGUGGUGGGAAAAGUUAGAAUUUUCGAAAAAGGUCCCUUAUGCAAGAGAAAGGGCAGCUGAGUUAUACUUCUGGGCAUUUGCUAUGAACUCUGAGCCUAAAUAUACUACUUUUAGAGCUGUGAUGGCCAAAGUGUUACUAUGGAUAACUCUAUUAGAUGAUACUUAUGAUGUCUAUGGAAGAAUAGAAGAACUUGAGCUCCUCACACAGGCAAUCCAAAGAUGGGAUAUUAGUUACAUUGCAUCUCUUCCAGAGUGCUUUAAGGCAAUUUUUAAUACAACUGUAGAACUUGUUGAUGAAAUAAUAGAGUUAAGUGCUAGGAGUGGAGAAUCAGACUUGGUGUUGCAAUGUCUCAAACAGGCCCUGUGUCAUUAUGUACAAGGUUACAUGGAUGAAGCAAGAUGGUGCCAUGAGGGAUAUAUUCCAACAUAUGAUGAGCGUAAGGUUAAUGGUGCUGCUACUACACCAUAUCAAGCGUUUACAAUAAUGUUUAUUGCUUUGGGAGAAUUUGCAACUAAAGAAACUCUUCAUUGGAUUUCUAAUAAUAUUCCACUUAUCGUACAAGCUUCAUCAUUUAUUUCCAGACUGACAAAUGAUUUGGCUUCACACAAGUUUGAGCAGCAAAGAGAACACGGUGCUUCGGCCGUAGAAUGUUGCAUGAAGCAAUAUGGCUUUUCACAAGAGGAGGCCUAUGAAUUCAUAAAAAAGGAUAUCAAUAAUUGUUGGAAGGAUAUGAAUGAAGAGUACCUCAAAUUAAUUGAGUAUAUUCCAAGGCCAGUCCUUGAUUGCAUUGUUAACAAGGCACGCGUAUGUGAGUUUCUAUAUGCGAACUUUGAGGAUAAAGUUACAAAUUGUGCAAUCAUGAAAGACCACAUUGUGGCACUAUUUUUGGAUCCCGUGGUCGUGUAG